AUGACGAAAUUCAUCUCAGUAAAUAAGUACAUGACAGAAGUCAAAGAUAAGUUAGCUCCAUUCAUAUAUUUGAAUGUUUACUUCUACCAUUUUGAAAAGUCUACAUUUGACAAAGUUUGGAACAUCGAACCAGUUAAGUUUGCUAUUGUGACUAAAAAUGGUGCGAAAUUUGAAGACUUAGACAUAGAAGGUUUGUUAACAGUCAAAGAAAGUUUUGACAGAAGGUUCUCAAACCUUAAAGAAGGCAAAGCAUACAAACUUGUUAUACCUUAUGAACCAAAGAAAGCAGACGACUAUGAAUAUUAUGAGUCUAAGAUAGUUGAAGUUCAAG